AUGGCUCGCACCAAGCAAACAGCUCGGAAGUCAAUAGGUGGAAAGGCUCCUCGAAAGCAACUUGCCACCAAAGCGGCUCGCAAAUCAGCUCCAGCCACUGGUGGUGUGAAGAAACCUCACAGGUUCAGGCUUGGAACUGUUGCUCUCCGGGAGAUCAGGAAGUAUCAGAAGAGCAUCGAGCUUCUGAUCAGGAAGCUCCCUUUCCAGAGGCUUGUUCGUGAAAUUGCUCAGGAUUUUAAGACUGAUCUGAGGUUCCAGAGCAGUGCGGUUGCAGCCCUGCAAGAGGCUGCUGAGGCUUAUUUGGUUGGUCUCUUUGAGGACACUAAUCUUUGUGCCAUUCAUGCCAAGAGGGUCACAAGUAUGCCCAAGGAUAUUCAGCUAGCUCGUAGGAUCAGAGGCGAGAGGGCAUGA